UGGGACUCAGAUGCACCACCGGGUCGUCAUCCUAUUCUGCUGGGACAAAAUAAAAAUGCAUUGUGAUGGAAGUUAUUUUUAACAGUUGUAUCUAAUUUUGUUUGUGCCAAGUGUUUCGGUUAAUAGCAGGCGUGUUUUUGUUGAUUAUUUGUGCAAUCAAAGAUCUUCGCUUUCAGUUGUGAGCAGUUUGUCAUAAACAUGGCUCCAACGAUUCAGACUCAAGCUCAACGAGAGGACGGACACAGUAGACCGUCCUCUCACAGAACUGUCCCAGAGAGGUCAGGAGUUGUCUGUCGUGUGAAGUACUGCAACAGCUUGCCCGACAUCCCUUUUGAUCCCAAAUUCAUCACAUAUCCAUUUGAUCAGCACAGGUUUGUACAGUAUAAAGCCACGUCUCUAGAGAAGCAGCACAAGCAUGAGCUCCUGACUGAGCCAGACCUCGGGGUCACCAUUGACCUCAUCAACCCAGACACCUACCGCAUAGACCCCAACAUAUUGUUGGAUCCCGCUGAUGAAAAACUGUUGGAAGAAGACAUCCAGGCUCCAUCCAGUUCAAAGAGGUCACAGCAGCAUGCCAAAGUGGUCCCAUGGAUGAGGAAAACAGAAUAUAUUUCUACAGAGUUUAACAGAUAUGGAGUCUCCAAUGAAAAAGUGGAAGUCAAGAUCGGUGUAUCUGUCAAACAACAGUUCACAGAAGAAGAAAUCUACAAGGACAGAGACAGCCAGAUUUCUGCUAUUGAGAAGACAUUUGAGGAUGCACAGAAAUCGAUUGCACAGCACUACAGUAAACCCAGAGUUACCCCUGUGGAGAUACUGCCUGUGUUCCCUGACUUCAAGAUGUGGAUCAACCCAUGUGCUCAGGUCAUCUUUGACUCUGAUCCUGCACCUAAAGACAUAUCAGGACCAGCAGGAGUGGAAAUGAUGUCUCAGGCCAUGAUCAGAGGUAUGAUGGAUGAGGAAGGAAAUCAGUUUGUGGCUUACUUCCUGCCCAAUGAAGACACACUUCGCAAGCGCAAGAGAGACUCAGAGGAGGGCUUGGAUUAUAUGCCUGAGGAUCUGUAUGAUUACAAGAUAGCCAGGGAGUACAACUGGAACGUCAAGAACAAAGCCAGCAAGGGCUAUGAGGAGAACUACUUCUUUAUCUUCAGAGAUGGAGAUGGUGUUUACUACAAUGAGCUCGAGACAAGGGUGCGCCUGAGCAAGAGAAGAGCCAAGGCUGGAGCACAGUCAACCACAAACGCUGUGCUGGUGUGUAAGCACAGAGAGAUGAACGAGAAAGAGCUUGAAGCUCAGGAAGCACGUAAAGCUCAGCUGGAGAACCAUGAGCCAGAAGAUGAAGAGGAAGACAUGGACAUGGAUAAAGACAUGCAGGACUCCGGUGAUGAGAAAGAGAAGGGCAGCAGCAGUGAGGCAGAGAACUCUGGUAGUGAAUCCGAGAGGGAGGAUGAUGACCGAGAACAAAGAGGAGAAGAUGACGAAGAGGAUGAGGACAGAGGGAAGAGAAGGAGGAAAGCAAGUGGCAGUGGAAGCGAAAGUGGAGAGGAGAGAACCAGAGAGAUGCGAGACGAGGAAGAGAUCUUUGGAAGUGACGAUGACAGUGACGACAACGAGCAGAAGAACUCGGCCAGGAGCAGCGGGGACGAGGGCAGUGGAAGUGAGGACGAGGGAGGGAACAGAGGAGGCAGCAGGAGUCGCAGUGCGUCCCCAGCACACAGCGAUCGCAGCAGUGACCAUUCAGAGACCCGGGCUCAGAGUGGAAGUGGAAGUGAGAGAGGCUCAGAAUCCAGUGAUGCCAGUGACAGUGAAUGAGAUCUGUGAUCUGGACAGCAUGGUGAGGGCCGUAUAUCCUAUCUGUAUGUUCAGCUCUAAACAGCGAUGAAUUCAAAUGAAUGAAAUUUGUGAGCGAGAUACUCAUUGGUUUUGGACAGGGGACAGAUCCCUUCAGUCCAGUUUUUAGAUUUAGCUCAAGCAUCAUUAGGUAUUUGUACACCAUUCCUUUGUUUUUGUCUGUCAGAUAUUCAAUACAGGAUCAUAUAAAAAUGUCUUUGUUCUCUCAGCUUUUGACAUGUCAUUGUGUUACAGCUUGGAAAAAGUUAAUAAAUUGCAGGUAAGAUUUUGUAAGAAACUCA